AUGGCUUCACAGAAAGCCAUUUCCCUUGUAUUCUUCUUCUUGGUCCUAUGUUUGACCCAUGGCUCAGCCCGAAAGAUCAUGCUUGAAGAGAGCAACGACCUUGCAAGACGACUUGCUGCUGAACCUGAUCCUGAUGAACAUGUACUUGUAUCUGUACCUGCUAUUGCUGAACCUGUACUUGUAUCUGUACCUGCUACUGAUGAACCUGUACUUGUACCGGCAAUCAAACCAUUGUCGUCUAACCAUGAACCCAUGAGCGGUGCACCUAUUGGCGAUGAACUUAAGGGCUUGGAUGCAGAUCAAGUUGAGUGUGGGCGUCCGGCCGUAAUUCCUGUUCCAGUGUGGCGGCCCCCACCAAUUCCUGUUCCAAAUUGUCCUUCACCAGAAUGUCAACCAGCAUAUGCUCCUCUACCCCAACCUGCCUACCCACCACAACCAUUAUACCCUCCUCAACCCUUGCCACAACCAGCCUACCCUCCCCAACCCCUACCCCAACCAGCCUACCCUCCCCAACCUGAACCAGGAUGUAACCACCCAGCGUGUCAACCUCAACCCCAACCGUUCUAUCCACCCCAGCCCGAACCGGGAUGUAACCACCCUGCAUGUCAACCUCAACCCCAACCGGCCUACCCACCCCAGCCUGAACCCUUACCCUUCUACCCUCCCCAACCCGAACCUGGAUGUAACCACCCAGCGUGUCAGCCUCAACCUCAACCGGCCUACCCACCACAACCCGAACCCUUACCCUUCUACCCUCCCCAACCCCAACCUGCUUACCCUCCUCAACCUGAACCGGGAUGUAACCACCCAGCGUGUCAACCUCAACCUUUACCCCAACCGGCUUACCCACCACAACCUGAACCGCCUUACCCACCCCAGCCUGAACCGAGAUGUAACCACCCAGAGUGUCAGCCUGAACCGAGAUGUAACCAUCCAGAGUGUCAACCUGAACCGAACUAUCCUCCCCAACCUGAACCCUUCUACCCUCCCCAACCCCAACCAGCAUACCCUCCCCAACCCAAACCAGGAUGUAACCACCCAGCUUGUCAACCUCAACCUCUACCUCAACCAGCAUACCCACCCCAGCCCGAACCAGCUUACCCACCUCAACCCGAGUCGGGAUGUAACCACCCAGCAUGUCAACCUCAACCAGCAUACCCACCCCAACCCGAACCGUUCUACCCUCCACAGCCAGAACCAGGAUGUAACCACCCAGCGUGUCAGGCUCAGCCCCAACCAGCCUACCCACCCGAGCCUGAACCAGUAUGUAACCACCCAGCAUGUAACCCUCAACCCGCCCAACCAGAACCAGCCUACCCACCCCAGCCUGAACCACGAUGUAACCAAGCGGAAUGUAAUUCUCAACCUGGAACGGACUGCUCUGACCUCGAAUGUCAACCACAGUAUACUCGUCCGCCUGCACCAGCACCAGCCUAUGCUCCAUGGCCACAAUACCCUCCAUGGCCGCAAUAUCCUCCACAUGCUGAAAGUCUACCAUCGAAUGAGGUUCAUAAAAAGGAAGACAGUGAAUCUGUGACUGAACACUAG